ACGGAAUCCCCUGACUGAGCCCGGGGAGGGAAAUGCGAAGGCUGGGCGGGGCGCGGAGCGGAGCGGAGCGAUCGGAGCCAAGAGGGGGGCUUAAGAUAAGGACACGGGCUGGCGGUCCCUCCGGCUCUCUCGCCGACUACAAGGUCGCUCUUUUGCCCCGGCCUCGGAGCGUGACCCUUGCCGAGGCUACUCGUGAGCAGACCGGGGUGGGGGGAUCCGGCCGCCCAGCGAAGAUGAAGGUAACCUCGCUCGACUCCCGUCAGCUGAAGCUGCUGCUGCGGAAGGAGCCCGCCGGCUGCCUGGUGCUGGAUUGCAGACCCUACCUCUCGUACUCGGCCUCCUGCUUGCGAGGCUCGCUCAACGUCAACCUCAACUCCGUGGUAAUCCGCCGGGCCCGCGGGCGACCCGUCCCUUUGCACUUCGUGGUGCCCGACGAAACGGCUCGAGGACGGCUGCUGCCGCCGCCGCCUCGCCCGGACGAAAGGGAAGGGGACGGGGGCCCGCCUGUGCGGUUGGCGGCGGUGGUGGUCCUCGAUCAGGACACGCGGCACUGGCGGAAGCUCAAGAAGGAGAGCACGGCUCAGAUCGUGCUGAACACGCUGCUGGCCAGCCUGCCGGAGGCUGGGACCAGGGUCUGCUUCCUGAAAGGAGGGUAUGAUACUUUUUAUUCUCUGUACCCUGAGUUCUUUGUGGAUGUAAAGCCUGUGUCCCAAGAGAGAGCUGAAAUGGAGAGAAGCAUCAAUAGCCACUAUGAGAAGCAGUGCCUCCAUCACAAACCAGCCUAUGAUCAGGGUGGUCCAGUGGAGAUCUUACCUUUCCUGUACCUUGGCAGUGCCUACCAUGCUUCCAAGUGUGAGUUCCUAGCCAAUCUGAACAUCACUGCACUCCUCAAUGUUUCCAGAAAGAGCUCGGAGCCCUUUACUGAUCAGUACUGCUAUAAAUGGAUUCCAGUGGAGGACAACCACACAGCAGACAUCAGUUCUCACUUUCAGGAAGCUAUAGACUUUAUUGAUUGCAUCAGACGGUCAGGGGGCAAAAUCUUGGUGCAUUGUGAAGCUGGAAUUUCUCGCUCUCCCACGAUCUGCAUGGCUUAUCUCAUGAAAAUGAAAAAGUUCCGUCUGGAGGAGGCUUUUGAUUAUAUCAAACAACGUAGGAGUCUGAUCUCUCCAAACUUUGGUUUCAUGGGCCAGCUGCUGCAGUAUGAGUCAGAAAUACUGUCCUCAACACCCAGCCCUCCUGUCACCUCUUGCAAAAGGGAUGCUGUGUCUUUCUUUACAGAAGAAUUCUCCUUGAGUAAAAGCUUUGAAGGCUCCUGUUACACUUUUCCUACCUCAGUUUUGAAUUCUGUACCCAUUCACUCACCUGUCCAUCAGCUAAAACUUAAUCCUAUUGCUGCAACUUCAUCCUGCUGGACCCUUCUAGGAGCCAGGAACAAUACAGUCCAGUGAACUCAGCUGAGAUGACAGGUAAUUUCAUCAACAUGCAAUACAGAAGAUCUCAUGGAUUCCAUCCCAAACAAGACACUUUUGAUUGAAGGGUCAACUCCUCCAGGAAGGAAAAGUGUGGCUUUCUACUGAAAUGCAGUCAAUGUUUGAACAUAAGCUUGGGAUCAUUUUGUAGUUCUAAGGCCUUACCUUGUGCUGAGUCUAGCUGCUUAUGCUCAGAUUGACCUAAGCUUUGAACUAGAAAACAUUCUUCCUUUUCUCGAAAGUAGGUGCCCUUCUUUGUGGAGGAGAAAUGUGUUUAUGGAUGCUGGCUUGGUCAAACUUUCAAAAGUAUGUAUGUUUUUAAAAAGAAAAUAUGUGCAUCUUUAAGGAUGGUUUUAAAUAACUUCUAGGAUCUAUGUGCAUCCACUACUGUACUUCCAGACUAUGCUGGAGCAAAGAGAGCUACACACAAAAUCAGACCUGUUUAAUUGCUUCUCCGUUCCUGCUGCCUCCUCUUAAUUACAGCUUUGUUUUAAAGUGUAAGCAAUAACCGGCUGUGUCAGGAAAGUGGAGCUGUAAUGAAAAGCACAAUUUAUGAAAGAAGCAAACCUUGACAUUUCAGUGGUUGCAGAAACUUGAAUAUUUGAUUUUUCCUGUUUUUAUGUCCUACACUGCAGCCUACAAGAGGAUCAAAAAAUUAGAAAGCAAACUUUCUUCUUCCCACACCCAUGGGUUCUCCACAGUUUAUUACUGUGCUACUGGGGGGGCUAUGUCAAAAGUGUAUUCUUCCCAUCUGAUUUUAUGGGUAAUAAAAUUAAGUAUUUUUGAGCAGAACUACUAGAUACUUGGAACCUGAUAGGAGAGUUGCCCUCUGUAUUACCCAAUUGAAACCAGCUAGGAAUUCGAAAGACCUCUUAUUUUAAAGAAAUUUAAUCCUGCUGGUCCUAUCAAAAUUCAGUGGGUCCUUUAAAUACAUACUUACUACAUCAUAUUAGGAACUUUGGCACUCUAUGGCCUGGUGUAAAUGAUGUAUUUAUCAAUUUUUUCUGAUUGCAGAUGCAAUACUUUCUGUUAGUACUUACUAAGAGUGUUGAUUUUUACAACAAUAAUAUGCAUUGCAUGAUGUAAAAGAUUUUUAAGUGAUUUUUAUUGUGGUGUACUCCUCUUCUUUCCCUGCCUCAGAGCUCUGGAGGCUCCAUUGGUAACUUUUAAAGAGAAGCUAUAGAAGCUAUCAUUUACACCAGGCCCCAGUUUGGCUCAGUUGCUGGGUGUAGCAACAUCCUGUACUUGUCUUUUCAGCCUUGUUCCUAAAUGGCCGCAAUUCAACUGUUUGGAUGAAGAGUGUGAUGUUGACAUUGCACAGACAGUUCAAGUGGUAACUGACAAAGGACAGUCAAAUUUAGGCAUAGGUGAGCUACUGCUUAAUUGUUCCUGGAAGGCAAUGGUCAAAUGGAGAUUAGCAGUCCAAAUGUGCAUAUUCUUCCUCUGAUUACUUGAGUCCAUGGCCAAAGCACAGCUCAUAAUUUAGAUGAAGUUCAGUCUCACGUCAGUCAUUGGGUGAUGUGCAGAAACAAGUAGAGGAAUCUGCACAGAAUAUAUACAGUCCAUAGCUGCAAUCUGUUCCAGACUCAGUGCUUUGGUCUAUUCUUGGGGCCCAGCUGCUUUAGCCUUCAAAUAACACAUUCAUUUGGAACCAAUGUAAAUGAAAUAAUCAGUUUCUCCCAGCUAUCAAAUAGAAACUAGUUAUGAUUGUAAAGGAUUGUUUUAGAACACUCAAAUUAAACUAGUUUCCUGCUAUUGUAAUUUGAAUCACUAGAUGUUAAAUGAAUCGGGGGCGCUUUGCAAAUUCAAUUGCCCUGGUGAAGUGUUAACAAUCUGUACAUAGUGUAGUCUUGCUGUAUGUUGUGUGUAGCUUCCUAUUCCAUGUAUAAGUCUGUUCCAUAUCACAUUUUCUGGGACUGAAAAAUUUCACUUAUCUGAUGGGCUCCUGCUUGCAGGGGCUUUUUGUGUCCAGCUUGUGCGUCUGCAAGCAAUUCAGAAUGUGUGUGCUGUCUGUCAUAUUUUUAAUAUGGGAAAUGGCAAUAAUUGCCUGAACCUUGUGAAUGUGAACAAAGUUUUUUAAAAAUAAAGUUUAAAAAUAAAACUCU